UUGUUCCUUUUAACGAAAAGCCCGAAAAGAAAAAAAGGCUCACAAAUCUUAGCUUCGAAUCCCCACCGCGACCGAUUUGUUUUGCCGGCGACACAUCGCCGGAUCCCUUCGCCGAUUUCAUCCUCCUCAGAUCUAGUCCGGUGGUUGUCUCCUUUCUCCAGAUCUUUCGAUUCCAAUCGGAGAUUCGAUCUCCUUUUGUUGUCUGAUUACGAGGGUUGCGAUGGAGGCGAUCGAUGAGUUGUCUCAGCUCUCGGAUUCGAUGAGACAGGCGGCGGCGCUGCUCUCCGAUGAAGAUCCAGAGGAGAGCUCUUCUUCGAGACGCCCUUCCACUUUCCUCAACGUCGUGGCCCUAGGGAAUGUGGGAGCUGGGAAGUCUGCAGUGCUGAAUAGUCUAAUUGGGCAUCCAGUUCUGCCAACGGGCGAAAAUGGUGCUACACGGGCUCCAAUUGUUAUUGACUUGAGCAGAGACGACUCUUUGAGCAGCAAAGCUAUAAUCUUACAAAUUGACAAUAAAUCCCAACAAGUCUCCGCAAGUGCUUUGCGGCAUUCUCUACAGGACAGGCUUAGCAAAGGAUCAUCAGGGAGGAGUCGUGACGAAAUCUACUUAAAACUACGUACAAGCACAGCCCCACCACUAAAAUUAAUUGAUUUACCUGGACUGGACCAGAGAAUUGUGGAUGACUCCAUGAUUGGUGAAUAUGCUCAACACAAUGAUGCCAUUCUACUGGUUAUAGUGCCUGCUAACCAGGCACCUGAAAUUUCGUCAUCUCGAGCACUGAGGACUGCAAAAGAGCAUGAUCCAGAGAGCACUAGGACAAUAGGUAUUAUCAGCAAAAUUGACCAAGCCGCUGAGAACUCGAAAGCUCUUGCAGCAGUUCAAGCUCUUCUUUCGAACCAGGGGCCUCCCAAAACAAAUGAUAUUCCCUGGGUUGCUCUUAUUGGCCAAUCUGUCUCUAUAGCGUCAGCACAGUCAGGUAGUGGUGAGACCUCCUUAGAGACUGCUUGGCGUGCUGAGAGUGAAAGUCUAAAGUCCAUUUUGACUGGUACCCCACAAAGCAAACUUGGCAGAGUUGCCUUGGUGGACACCCUUGCUAGCCAGAUCCGUAACAGAAUGAAGCUUAGACUUCCAAAUAUCUUGUCUGGGCUCCAAGGUAAGUCUCAAGUGGUGCAAGAUGAACUAUUUAGGCUUGGUGAACAAAUGGUUCACAGUGCCGAAGGUACAAGGGCUAUAGCUUUGGAACUUUGUCGGGAGUUUGAAGACAAAUUUCUUCUCCACUUGGCUGGUGGUGAGGGAAGUGGUUGGAAAGUCGUUGCAAGUUUUGAAGGCACUUUCCCCAACCGUAUCAAGCAGCUCCCAUUGGACAGACAUUUUGACCUAAAUAAUGUCAAAAGGAUCGUGUUAGAAGCAGAUGGUUAUCAACCCUAUCUGAUUUCUCCAGAGAAAGGGUUGAGAUCCUUAAUAAAGGGUGUCCUUGAGUUGGCCAAAGAUCCGGCACGUCUAUGUGUUGAUGAGGUUCAUCGAGUACUUGUUGACAUUGUUUCUGCUUCUGCAAAUGGUACUCCUGGUCUUGGGAGAUAUCCUCCUUUUAAGAGAGAGGUCGUAGCUAUAGCAAGUGCUGCACUUGAUGCGUUCAAAAAUGAAGCAAAGAAGAUGGUUGUCGCGCUAGUUGAUAUGGAGCGUGCUUUUGUACCACCCCAACACUUUAUCCGUCUGGUGCAAAGGAGAAUGGAAAGGCAGCGUCGUGAGGAAGAGCUGAAAGGAAGAUCCUCUAAGAAGGCCCAAGAUGCUGAACAGUCUCUUUUAAGCAGGGCGACCAGUCCUCUACCGGACGGUCAACCUGCUGGUGGGAGCUUGAAAUCGAUGAAAGACAAAUCUGGUCAACAAGAUAAAGAUACUCAAGAGGUCUCCGGUCUGAAGACUGCUGGGCCCGAGGGAGAGAUAACAGCAGGAUACUUGUUGAAGAAAAGCGCAAAAACAAACGGAUGGAGUAGGCGAUGGUUUGUCUUAAAUGAGAAAACUGGAAAGCUUGGGUAUACCAAAAAGCAAGAAGAAAGAAAUUUCCGUGGAACUAUAACAUUGGAGGAAUGCACUAUCGAAGAAAUUCCAGACGAUGAAGGGGAAAAGGCAAAGAGCUCGAAGGACAAGAAGGCAAAUGGACCAGAUUCAAAAGGACCAGGCCUUGUAUUUAAGAUAACCAGUAGGGUUCCAUAUAAGACCGUACUAAAAGCUCACAAUGCCAUUGUGCUUAAGGCCGAAAGUGUGGUUGAUAAGACCGAGUGGCUGAAAAAGUUGCAUAACGUUAUUCAGGCCCGAGGAGGGCAAGUGGGUGGCCUUUCUAUGCGACAAAGUCUUUCAGAUGGUUCACUUGAUAAGAUGGCAAGGAAACCCAUUGAUCCGGAAGAGGAACUCCGUUGGAUGUCCCAAGAAGUGCGGGGCUAUGUCGAAGCUGUUCUUAACAGUCUGGCCGCCAAUGUUCCAAAGGCUAUUGUUCUUUGUCAAGUGGAGAAAGCAAAGGAAGACAUGCUCAACCAGUUAUAUAGUUCUAUAAGCGCCUUGAGCAAUGAAAGGAUUGAAUCACUGAUCCAAGAGGAUCAGAACGUUAAACGAAGAAGGGAGCGUUACCAGAAGCAAUCAUCCCUUCUUUCAAAGCUCACGAGGCAGCUUAGCAUUCACGAUAACCGAGCAGCAGCUGCUUCAACUUGGUCCGAAAAUGGCAGUACUGAAAGCAGCCCGAGAACGAGCGGAGGUUCUUCAGGAGAUGACUGGAGGAACGCAUUUAACGCAGCGGCUAACGGACCGGACUCGUUGUCAAGGUAUGGUUCGGGUGGGCAUAGUCGCAGGUACAGCGACCCGGCUCAGAACGGUGAGACCUCACCGGGGUCUGGGUCGAACCGCCGGUCCACCCCGACUCGGCUGCCUCCUGCGCCACCGCAGUCAGCUUCGUCUUACAGGUAUUAGUAAAAAAAAAAUUCCAAUUUCAAUUGGGACCAUUUGCCAAGUCAUAAAUCGCAACUAUUAUUAUUAUUAUUUUUUGUUGUUGCUGUGACGGUCCCAUUUUGCUGGGGGGAAUCGCGUUUACCAUUUCAUUUUGAAGGAGAGAGAUGAUGUAGUAAGGUGUGGUUUUGUAGAUAUAAAAUUUUACAUACACGUGUUUGUUUGCGGUGAUGUUUGAACCCAAUCCCAAUCCCAAUUCUUUGUUGCGUCUUA